AUGCCGCGGCUCUGCCUGUCUCUGACAGUACUGGUGUCGGUGGCUCUGCCGGCCCGAGCCGCGCCCGUGGAACCCAGUUGGAAGUACUGGGCGCAGGAUAAGUGGUGGAAGGAGUUCCCGCAGUGCGGCGGAGACCAGCAGUCACCAGUGGAGUUGAGGCCGACAGAGGACCGAUUCUGGUAUUAUGGUAGAGGGCCGCGAGUGAGGUUCGCCAAACGUCUCAAAGCUGGACGACUGACGGCGACGAACACGGGCCGCACACUGAGUGUGACGCUGGAAAACGACUCUGGCCAGCCGGCCGUUCAGCUGAAGGGCAGCAGAUCGGGUCUCCUUAGCAGCCGGUACAUCCUGGACAACCUGCACCUACACUGGAACGACCCGGCCGGCGGCCGCGGCUCCGAGCACAAGAUGAACGGCGCCUUCGAGCAGGCCGAGGCGCACUUUGUCUUCUUCAACCAACAGUACGGCAACGUGUCGGCGGCGCUGGCGCACGUCGACACCCGGCGCUGA